AAUGACUGAACAGCACCCUCUAGUGGCAACUUGAUAAAAUAGGAAUUUUGCUCCACCCAAAUCAGGGUAAACGAAACUUAAAGGCUCGGUUUUCUUCAGACAAAGGACACGUAGUUCAUUUAGGAGUCUUGAAUUUCUACUGAGGAACGCACUGAAAGUGAAUUGUAAGUAAACUUUCUGUACUGAAAAAUAAAAAGAGGAUAAUGGCAGAAAGAGCUCUUUUUAAAAGUUUCCUGAGCUGCCAUGUGUGUUCAGAGACUUUCAGAGAUCCUGUGUCUCUGAGCUGCAACCACAGCUUCUGUUCAAGCUGCCUGCAGAAAUUCUGGGAACAAGCUGGAAACAAGAACUGUCCCAUCUGUAAAAGAUCAUCGAAGGAAAAUCCAUCCAUCAACUUCUCCCUCAAAGAACUUGCUGAUUCGUUUUCUAAGAGGCAGAAUGAAGCUUCAUCUGAGAUGGAAAAUAAGAAAGAGAAGAAGGUGGUGUGUGAGAAACACUCAGAGGUUCCUUAUUGGUUCUGUAAAGACGAGCAGAGAGCUGUGUGUCCUGUCUGUGAGUUUUCUCUCCACCAGAGUCACAAAGUGGUUCCUGUAGAACAAGCAGUCAGUGAGCUGAAGGAGCAGCUGAGAUCUGACUUAAAGUCUCUGCAGGACAAGAGGAACAAACAAGAAGAAGUGAAGACAGAAUACGAUGAGAUGAUUGAACACUGCAAGAAGCAGCUGUUGUCCACAGAGAGACAGAUCAAAGCAGAGUUCAACAAGCUCCACCAGUUCCUGAAGGAGGAAGAGGAGUCCAGACUGGCAGCUCUGAGGGAGGAAGAGGAGCAGAAGGGGAAGACUAUCAGCAGAGAGAUGAAGAGGAUCCAGGAGCAGAUCUCCUCUCUGUCAGACAGCAUCUCUGCUGUUGAAGAAGACCUGCAGAAAGACAACGUGUUGUUCCUCAGCAGUUAUAAAGCCACUCAGAGCAGAGCCAGAGGUCAGAGGUCACUGUCAGAUCCACAGCUGGUCUCAGGAGCUCUGAUAGAUGUGGCCAAACACCUGGGCAACCUGUCCUUCAGAGUCUGGGAGAAGAUGAAGGACAAGGUCCACUUCAGUCCUGUCAUUCUGGACCCAAACUCUGCAAAUAGAUGGCUCUACCUGUCUGAUGAUCUGACCAGUGUGAGACAUGGAGAUGAAUGGCAGCAGCUUCCUGAUAAUCCAGAGAGGAACAAAUAUGUUGAAGUCUUUGGUUCUGAGGGCUUCAGCUUGGGGAAACACAGCUGGGAGGUGGAGGUGGGAGACCAUCCUGACUGGUACCUGGGUUUGGUGAAAGAGUCCGUGGACAGGAACGGGGAGAGAGAUGUUACACCACAGUUUGGGAUCUGGUGUUUGUGUUAUGAAGAUGGAAAAUACACCGACGGCGACAGUAAGUCCAUCUCGGUGAAGAAGAAUCUCCAGAAGAUCAGAGUCCAGCUGGACUAUGACAGGGGGGAGGUGUCCUUCUACGACCCUGAAGACAUGUCUCACAUCUACACUUACAGAGACACUUUCACUGAGAAACUCUUCCCGUAUUUCAGCGUGGGAGAAGCUGCUGAUGCCAAAAUGACAGAGAUCAAAAUACGUGAAGCAGAUGAUGGUGAGAUCUGACACACAUGUCUUCAUGUUUCAUUUUCUUUUACCGGAUAGUUUUAUUUCAGCAGGUUUUUAGAAUAUUUGCUAUUUUUUUUUAAAUCAUCUAUAAUCUGGGUUUAAAAAACACUAUUUUAGGAUUUUUUAACGAUGUGAUAGAAACACAAAAACAAAAGCACCUUAAACGUAUGGAUCAUGAAAGCUGCUUAAGCCAACAUCUAGUGAUGCAAAGGGAGCGAUUUUUUAUUUUUAUUUUUUUAUAUUGACAAAACAUUCAUCUUACAUUUCAUCACAUUUCGACAUCAUAUCUGUCAAAAAUGUUUUUAGGAACGUAUUUGUCAGACUUUAACCGGCCAAUAACAAUUUCAGGUUUUCUUUGAAGUCUCAGCUUACUUUUAAUCUUUUAAAACUGUACGUCCCUAAGGUCAUGUGACCAAGGCAUGCUGCUUGUGCAAAGCUAAAACCUACGAAGCUAAAGUCUAAAAGGGUCGAGGCUGCUCUUACCCUUUAGAUUUAGGUUGGACUCUAAAACUCAGCCUUUUAUUAUUACAUUUGUUUAACUGUGGAUGCUUCAUGUUUUUAGUUUUCUCCUGUACAGCACAUUGUGGUAUAAUGCGUCUUAAAAUGUGCCAUAUAAAUAAAGAUUUACUUCCUUAACUUUACUUCCCCACGGAUUCCAGUCUUGGGCAAUUCUGAUUUUUUUUCUUUCUUCCAAGAACCGAAAAUACAGAACAUGAUUAUUUUUGCUUCAGCAAGAAAACAUGGAGCGUGCUGUGCUUUUAAAAUGCCUUUUUUAUGCCACUUAACUGUUCUGCCACUGGAUGUAAGGCAGGCCUCUUCUCUUUCAGAGUUCAAGACUUUUCUUAAAAUACAUGUUUGCGGAAACCUUUUGCACAUCUAUUUUUAUUUUUUUUAUUUUUUUUACUAUUUUCAAUUAUCUUGUUUG